AUUUGGCUUAGAAUGCAAUAAAGAGUUUAAAAAAAAAAGGGAAAAAAAGAGAGAAAAGGUUGUUCACAGAUUCCUGAGUCUGUGAGACUCUGCUCUUUGUAUGAUGGCACAUAACCCACAAACUCUAACAAGAAGACAAACUGAGCCCACCUAACAAACAGCACAAGAAAGGAGGAGAGGAAAAAGAAAUAAAAUCGCUUCAUAAUCACUCCUUUUUUUUUUUUUUUCUUCUUGUUUUUCUUCUUCCAAUUCCUCUUCAUUCAAAUCUGGUAAUGGAACAACAAAAAGUUUGAUUUAACUAAAGUUUAUUAAAGUUUUAUGCUUUUCUCUCUUUCAACUCAAUUUCACUUCCACUCUAUUCCCUUUGUUUCACUUUCUCUUCUAAAAGCCUUUGUUUUUUGUUUCUUUCUUCCAUUCAUUUCCUUUUCUUCUUGUUCUUAUUCUUCUUCUUCCUUCUCCUUCAGGUUCGUUCUUACAUUCUAAUCCUUGUUUAACAAUCAUGCCUGUUGUUACAGUUGGUGAACACAUGAAAUUGAGAAGACCCAGAAGUGAUUUGAGCCAUUUGAACCAACCCAUUUCAGAAUCAGAUCCGAACCCAUCAAUUCCUUCUAUAAUUCAAUCCACUCGUUGCAAAUCCACCAUUUCUUCUCUUCUUCUCUCUACUUUUUCCAAUAAUACAACCAGUGGCCCCAAUGAGUCUUUACCCUCAUCCAUUAUCACCACCAAUAGGAAGAAGAACAAUUUCUCUUCUGCAACUCUCCGGGGUCUCGGUUGUACCACCGCCGCUUCUCAACAAGUAUCUGUUCCGGCUGUAAUUCGAACUUCAGCGGAUUGGGAGAAUAAGAAGACGAGGAAAAAAAAGCAGAAAAGCUCUAAGAACAAAACCCAACAAGGAGUUCUUGAUGCUUCUCAUUUUCAACCCAAUUCGAGUAUGAACUCUGCUAGCUGUUUAGACGCUCAAGAUGUUUGGUGUGGCCCUGGAAUUGGAUUCUCAGCAGAUGCGGCUGCUUCUGUGGAUUGUGUUGUUGCUAGAAGACAUGCUUCUGGAAGAGGAAAAAUCGAUUUGGAGAAGAUUAAUCAGAGGGAGCGUUCUUGUUUAGGAAGGCGAACAGUGAGCCCCGAGACCCUCUUAUUUUUGGAUUCUGAUUCUGAUCUUUCAACUGCUCGAUCAUUGGAACUAUCUAGGACUCGGUAUUAUCGCCAUGUUCGUCAUCCAUCCCCUGAUGGCCUUGCUGAGCAGAUCAUGAUGUUUCAGAGCAGUUUGCUAAUGGGUGGAAGGUUCGAUCUACACGACCAAUUUAGAGAAUUACGACUUGAUGUGGAUAACAUGUCGUAUGAGGAGCUGCUUGAACUUGGCGAAAGGAUCGGCCAUGUCAGUACCGGAUUGAAAGAAGAUGAGAUAGGAAGAUGUAUUAGAAAAAUGAAACCCCUUGUAGUGAAUGAGCUAACAACUCAUUUACUAUCUCAAAUGGAUAGGAAAUGCAGCAUAUGUCAGGAGGACUAUGAGGCAGAUGAUGAAAUGGGUAAGCUGGAAUGUGGGCACAGCUACCAUAUACAGUGUAUAAAACAGUGGCUUGCACAGAAGAAUACGUGCCCGGUCUGUAAGACAGCAGCAGUGGGCCGAGGUUGAACGGUUAGUCCAUCACGUCUAGCAGUUCUUCGACUCUGUCUGCUUGCUUUCUCCCCUAUGUGGUGUAUAGAUUUCAUUGCCUUUUUACAUGAGCAAAAGCAUUCGUUCAUUUGUGUGAAGCUUCCCUAUCUGCAUAUUUAGAUAUGAUGGGCGCCAUUUUCUUGUUCUUCAGUUCUCUAAACAUUUCAUGUGAUGGUAAUUUUGGAUUGACUUGAUUGCAUAGCUUUAAGACCUCAAAGUACAAUGUCUUUCUUGUGUUCCCCAACAAUUUCCGUCGGGGUACUCAAAAAAAAAAAAAAAAAAAAAAAAAAAAAAAAAAAGCGAGCUCUUAUCCAACUUAUGAGCAUGUAAAAAUGUUGUAAUCUGCUUUCAUUGUGGCACAGCUCUGCCUCUAGAGUUGAUGGUUGAAAUCAAAUGAUAAUUUGCAAAAACUUCUUUA